AAAAAGAAGAAAUCUCCAAACAAGCAGCGAAGUGUUAUAAACGUGAAUCAAUAAAAACAUUAAAGCUAUAUGAAUGAACAACAACAACAAUGAAAGGAAGAAAAUCAUAAAACUCUACAAAUAACAACAAAAACUGUAGAAAUCAAAACAGUGGUUUUAAAAAUGGGCCGUUUUGGAACAUAUCAAAAAUUUGAUAAACGGUCAAACUUUUCAAAACAAGAAAAGAACGACAAUCAAUCAAGUUGCAAACGUCAAUUAAGAGAAGGCGAAAACUUUUUAGAUACUUUAACUGAAAAUAAAUGCAAGUUUUCAGGAAGAUUUGAUACAAAACAAAAUUCAAGUGAACCCCCAACAUCAACACCUGAAGAAGUAAUAUCACCAAAAUCGUGGUUAUUUGCGAACUCGGAACAAGAAUCAUUAAUAAAAUUUGAGCAAAAAUGCAUAUACCCUGAAGAGAUAGAAAAUAAACCAAAUGAAUUAGAAAAAAUCAGGAAUAUCAGGAAUCAGCAGAAAACUAGUCACGAAAGGAAUAUUUUUCAGAUAAAUUGUAAAUGCGGCAAGAACCAACAUAUUGAACGCAGUAAGGCUGUUCUGGAAGAUAAAGGGUUAUUCCCACAAUCUUGGCAGAUUCCAUCCGUGGAACUUGAAAAUUCCAACAAACGCCUAGAAAAGACUUUGUAUAAUCAAUAUAAAGUACAGAACAAGAAACAAAAAUAUGAAAACCAAUCUUCUUCCGCUAAGAAACAAUUGUCUAAAACUUCUGAAAAAAACAUUUAUAGGAAAACUGAGAUCGCACCAACUUUUGGGAUUUCGCAUUUAUCUGAAAGAUUUAAUCAAUCAAAGAAUUUUGAGUCUAACGUUGUAACGCCUACGGACAGUUGGCUAUUUACAGAAAAUGUGGAAGUAUCGUUAAUUACAUUUAACAAGAAGUUACAAGAUCAGUGUUGUAAUGAAAACGAUAUGAAAAGUGGGAAAGUAACAUACAAAAAUAAUAGUAAAAUCCAUAGAACUUGUGCCCAAUCAGCAGAGACAGAGAUUCCUAAUAACGGAAGUUGGCUUUUCCAAGAUAAUAAACAAGAUUCUUUGAUUGCAUUUAAUAAAAAAAUUGGAUCUAUAGACGAAGCUCCAAUGACAGAAAAUGAAAAUAAGAAAUUGAUAAAUGAGUUGAGAAGUGAAACUUUAAAAAUUCAAUCUUUCGGUGUUAUCCACACACCUAUUGAUUUGGACUUCAACGAUUCUUACACUUUACCUGGAGCAGAAAGGAUUUCAGUUGUAAAAUCGAAAUCAGAUUUAGAAAUUCCUGAGAAAAAUUGUAUGAGAAACAUGUACUUGUCUAAAGCAUCUACAAGGAUGAAUGACGCAGCUCUUACAGAUAAUAAGUUACAUAUACACAAUACAGAAGGCACGUUAAUUGCAGAGGCUUCAAAUAAACCAAAUGAACUAGACGUACACAGUGAAACAUCGGAAUUGACGUUUCAACCCUUGAGUCACAUGUUUACUCAAAAACAAGUCGAUCCGAAAUAUAAGUUUUCUACUUAUAUUACUAAUGAAAAUAUAUCUGAAACAAAAACUUCAAAAGAGAAGUUUUGCUCUAAAGAAAACUUUCAAACGACUAAUGAACAGAAUUCUUCUCUGCUUUCAUUUAAUAAGGAUAGAAACAAAUCACCUUUAUGGAUUCCAAAUAUGUUUAAUGGUAAAAAGAAUUUACCAUUAUUGGAUUACAAUAGACUAGCACUUGAAGAUAACUGGAUAUUUACCAAGCCUCUUAAUAUAGUCAUAUGUAGUAAUGCAUUUGCGCAAGAAGUAAGUAACUCCAAAGUGGUUUCCUUUGCGAAAAGUAAAUCUUCUCUGAAAGUACACAUUGAAGACAACUGGAUAUUUUCUCAACCUCUUAGUGUAUGUAAACCCAUACAAGCACUUGAGUUACACGAAAAUUUUGAUAUUCUUGGGACAGAUUACUUAGAAAGCAUAAAAGGCGAAUUCUUAACAAAUUCACAAAUACUGGAAACUAAUGAAGCAUCACCUCUUGAUGAUAUGUGGAUAUUUGCAAAACCCCUGUAUGUAAGCAAACCUAUUAAAACCGCUAUGCAAAAAGAUGUAAAUUCAGUUAAAACAACUUAUAAUCAUAACUUCUUGAUUUCAAAAACUUCUGAUGAAUGUUCUAAUUUACAUCAAUAUGAAAUAAUGAAUGGGAACACACAUAAUAAUUCUCGAAUGUUUGUAUUCAAUUUUUCAAAAUCCAAUAAUAUUAGUCAAAGGUUUUUGGAACACGAUUCAAGUUUGAUGACAUCUGAUGCUCUAAUUGAAGGAUCAGCUAAAAAUGAAAAUUCUACUUUGCUUGAACGUCCAUAUCAUCUAUAUCACACGUUUUCUUUACUAAAUCUGUUUCCAACCAUGACCAUGUCAAGACAGGUCCAAGAGUUGAUUGAAUCUGAUUUGCGAAACAUUGACGUACGUUUGCUUACUUACAAGGAAUUGGCAAUAGUUGCCGUAAGUAAUAAAUAUAUAGGCGAUACUAAAUUGCCUCUUAAGGAACGUCAACGAAUCGAACUUGAACAGAGACGGCAUGCCGAACGUUUUGAAUUAGUAAAUCAAAAUAGAUUUGGACUAUUGUGGGAAAAGAUUAUUUCUGAUGUAUAAAAGCUCACGAUUCGUAGUGUUUUGGGGUAUACUUUUUACGGUUUAACAAAAAUCCUAAAUCAUGUUGCAGAUUUUUUUUAAAAGUUAUUUAUUUUGGCAUGUUUUAAACAAAAUAU